AUGAGCGACAAACAGGCCGAAGAUGGAAAACAAGCCGACGAGGCGGCCGCAAAGCAACAACAAGAUACCAAGCUGAGCGAGGAUGAUGGACUACUGGCUGGGCCAAUCUCGCCGAGUGAGUUUUUUUAAAAAAGCAGGAACUUUGUUUACAGAGCAGAAAGUGGCGAGAACUUCUUUACAAAACAAAAAAUAGCAAGAACUUUCGUUACAAGGUUAAAAAACGAUAAAAUUAUGCUUUUUAAAACGAUUUUCAAUAUAUUCUAAAAUCCAAUGAAAUUUUUGACAUUCCGUCAAAAAUCAAUAAUUUUUUUGACAUUUCGUACAAAUUUACAACCAAGCAUUUUUUGGUCCCAAAAUGACAUUUUCAACUGAAAUUUGCGUUUCAAACGAAAAAUUGCAAGAACUUUGUUUACAAAUCAAAAAAUGGCAAAAACUUUCUUUAGAAAAAAAAUGGCAAGAACUUUCUUUACAAAGUAUCAUUUUCUACAAUUUAGGUAACGCCUCCCACCAAAGUUGCUACGACGAAGAGCACGAUGAGCACGACGACCAGUUCGAAGAAGAGAACGUUUCUUAUCCAGGCGACGAUGACUCGUUAGAAGAUCAUCAAUUGGCAGUAGAUGACGGGUUUCAAAGUAGCAUGACAUUAAACGAGUUACUGAGUAACUACCCUGACCUUCGGAACGGUGAAACGAUAGCUGAUCAUCUGCCCGUUCCUCCAGAUGGUGGCUAUGGCUGGGUGGUGGUGGCUGCUUCGUUUUUCAAUAACCUGGUCGUUGAUGGAAUUGCCAAUUCGUUUGGACCCUUCAUGGGGGCUUAUGAGAAAGAGUUUAAGGCGUCGAAAGCGUUAACAUCCUUUAUUGGCUCAUUACUUAUUGGAUCUUGUUUGUUGUGCGGUAAGUUAUCUACUCGUACUCUAGGUUUACUUUAUCUUACCUUUACUUUAGUUUUUACAUCAGUCUUAUUAUAAAGCUAGCUUUUUGAGUUAGUGUUAUGCUGAAGCUUAUGAUGAGGCUUAGCUUAGGCUUACGUUUAGGCUUAACUUUUUAUGUUUAAGCUCUGAAAGUUGGACUUUUGGGCUUACGUUUUUAGGCUUAGGCUGAGAGUUGAACUUAAAUUUAGGCUUAGGCUAUUAUGCUUUAAAUUUUAGGUUUAAUGUUUCUAGGCUUACGUUUUUAGGAUUAAGGCUAAGGCUAAGGCUAAGGCUAAGGCUAAAGCUAAGGCUAAGGCUAAGGCUAAGGCUAAGUCUAAGGCUAAGGCUAAGGCUAAAGCUAAGGCUAAGGUUGAGGUCUUAAAUCUUGUUAACUUUUCUGUUUUAGGCCCAGUAGCUGGAGGUCUUCUGAAUCGGUACGAUGCAAGACGGGUCGUCAUCUGCGGAGCCAUAAUAGCAGCGUUGGCAUUCAUAACAUCGACUGCUUCGCCCAAUAUCUUUGUUCAUUUAUUGUUCUACGGAUUCUGUGGAGGUAAGCCAUAGCUCUUUUUUUAAAAUUUUUAGGUAACAAAUUUAAUAAAAUUUGUUUUUUUGGCUAACCAAUAAUACAUUUUUUGCCCGUUAUGUCAAUCAAAAAAGUCAUUUUUACCCGUUUUUAGCUCAAAAAUCUCAAAAAAUGGGGUAGAGUAGGGCUAAAAACAUAAUUUUGAAGUGGGCAGGGUGAAAAAUUAAAAAAUUUUGUUUAAAUUAAAUUUUCCGUUUUUAGGCGUAGGCUUUGGACUAAUUUACUUACCUGGCAUUGUUGUUGUUAGCCAGUACUUUGAGUCCAAGCGGGCUCUGGCCACUGGAAUAGCGGUGGCGGGCUCCGGGUUUGGUACCUUUGUUUGUCCACUUGUAUGCAAAUUUUGCAUCGAAAGUAAGUUUUAUAUUACUUGCAUUAGAUUACUGUAGUAUAUUUUUUACUUUUUGUAUAAAAAAACGUUUUAUUGAUUUCGUAUUUUACAAAAAACCUUGUUUUAGUCAUCAAUUUUUAAAAAAUUUUAAGCCAAAAGUACCAACUUUUCAAAAGCUCGUACCAAAGUCUCAGGUGCACCAAAAUAGUUGGUUUUAGUACCAAAAGAUGCGUUAUGGAUUCAGAAGUCAUUUUUCAGAUUAUGGUUGGCGUGUCGCGUUGUACGUGUGCGCAGGGUUGAUUGUAAUGGCAGCAGGUAUGGGAUCACUGUUUGACCCGCUUCCUAUGCCUGGGGACGAACCAAAGCCAAGUAUCAAAGAACGGCUGUUAAAGCUGUUUAAGAAGGCUGAUAAGAAGGGGGAACAGCGGCUGGCUUCGGUAAGUUGAUAGAACAUAUAAUUUUUUAUUGUAAGGCGGGCAGGGUAUAAAAUUUUAAAUUGAGGCGGGGUGGAUUUUUAAAAUUUGUAAAAACCACCUUUUUUCAGCGUCACACCUCAGUAACUUCACACCCAGAAAAGCCUCCAACCCGACCCAACUCUCAAUGCUUUAGCGAGAUCCGUGAAGAUGGUCAACCCCUACUAAACGACGACUCCCACCAUCGACAAUCGACCGAAGACGACGGCGUUCAAAGCCCCUCCACCCCCAAACGACCAGCCCUAUCUCCAAUAACCGAAAACCGCGUUCUCAACAAGAGUCGUGCUGGAUCACAGCACACUACAAACCCAGUCAACGACCGCUUUAGCGUAGCACCGGCUCAGAUCCGUACUCGCAAGCAUACUCUCACCUCGAUGGCUUCAGACCUGAACUCGGACUUUAGGCAAAGUCGACCGAACCUCGUGAACCAGUUGAGUCGAAUCUCGGUACGAAGUUAUGCUCAAAGUUUGAGUAAAUUGAGUCAGAGUCAAGUCAUUUUGGCAGGAGAGUCAAUGGCUAGCAUUGCGUUGAGUGGGGUGGAUCCGAAGGAGUUCAAUCGGCCGUUCAGUCGAAAAGAUAUCUUUCUGCAAGGAUCUAUCAAGAAUUUACCGGAGUUUGAAGCUGAAGGUGAGGAAACGAUUUUUUUAUAUUUUUAAAUUUAAUUUUUUUUCAAUUUUCAAAAAUUUUAAAAUUUUAAAGCUUUUGAAAAAUUUUUUUUUAGAAAAAAAAUUUUAUAAUUUUCAAAAAACUAAUUUAAAAGUUCCUUUCAAAAUUAAAAAAAUUAUUUUACUAUUGCUUCUUAAAUUUUUUAAAAUUUACUUUUGUUUUUUAAUUUAAAAAAAAUUUUUUUUUUGAAAAAAGUUGAACUAAAACUAAUUUUUUUUUAAUUUUAAGUUAAAAAAUGUUUUUCAAAUCUAUAAAAAGCUUACUGCCACGCUAAAAUUCUAUUUUUUUAAAUUUUUAUUAUUACGAAAUCUGUGUUUGUGUAGUAUACUGGCAGCGCAAAGGGCAUUGUGCGCCAAAGCAUGGGGGUUCGAAUCCCGCUGGAUGCAAUGGUUCGUUUUGGCGUUUUUUGCGGAAAAAAGUUGAUUUUUUAUAAAAUUUUACGAGAGAUAUGAUUUAAAAUGGCAUCUUUUGUUAUAAAGUUAUGUUGCUUUUAGUAAUAAGUGAUAUUUUGGAUUAAAAAUGGCUCUUUUUAGAUAUUUUUGGCUUAAAUUAGAGAAAAUAUUAGCCAUUUUAAUAAUAUUUUUAAGUUUUUUUACCUAUUAACAAAACCUGAUGUAAAAAAUGCGUAUUUUACAAACUUUUUCUUUUAGGGCACGACUUUAAAAACUACCGUGAGUCCCAGAUCUCGAUCCCAGCGGCCGUAGUCGCCCAAACCGCUUCAAAAUCCACCUCCCGAGUUGACAUAGCCGAAAUCUCAAGUCGACUGGGCGGCUCACGCUACUCCCGAAUGGGAGGGCUAGAGAACAUUGAGAACGACGCCAUGUUUGACUUUCACGAUGACAGUAAGUUCAAAUGGAUACCGUAUGCCAUCCGCAACUCCUUCAACGAGAUGAUCGAUGUCAACUUGCUGAUGGAGCCAGUGAUGAUGUUGAUGUGUGUGUCGAACGUCAUUGGCAUGCUUGGCUUCUACGUACCAUUGGUUUUUAUUAUUGAUCUGGCAGUAACACGAUCGGCUACGAUAGCUGAAGGUACUGCCUUGUUAUCAGUGAUUGGAGUGACUAACACCUUUGGCAGGGUAUUCUUCGGCUGGAUGGCAGACAGGAGGUGGCUUAGUGCGCUGACAAUAUCAAACUUGUCGUUGAUCUUCUGUGGUUUAUUGACUAUGAUGUGCUACUUUUGUGGAUUGUACUCGUUAUUGAUGGUUUAUGCUGCUCUUUUUGGAUUUAUCAUUGGUAAGGGAGAAUUUUACGUUUUUAAAAAUAUUUUUUGAAUUUUAAAACAUUAGUUGAUGUCUAAAUUGGUCAAAAUAUGCAAAUUUUCAAAAAUUUUGCAAAAAGUCAUUCCUGUGUUUGUUUGGUGUAAUGGCGAAAAGCCGCGCAUUGUGCACCAAACCGCGCGGGUUCGAAUCUCUCGGGAUGCAGUUGCUUUUUUAGACGUUUUUUGAUAAAAACAAAAGCUGCAUUUACAAAAUACGAAAUAAAAAGGCAUUUAAAAUUUAAAAAAAUUCAAAUAAUUUUUUUUGCUAGAAAUUGUAUAUUUUGGCUAUAUUUUCAAAACGUUUACCUAAAAACGCAAUGUUUGCUGCUAAAACCAAUAUAAAACUCUACUUCUGGUCGACCUUUGUCUAUUUUUAACCAAUUUUUAAACUUAAAUUGUAAAAUACGGAGUUUUGAAUGUUUUUUUAGAUGUUUUACAAUUAAUGUAAUCCAUUUCCAGCUGCCUAUGUAUCAUUAACAUCGAUCGUAUUGAGUGAUUUGUUGGGAGUGGAACGAUUGACCAAUUCUUUUGGUUUACUGGUCGUUUCUCGUGGAUUGGCCUCACUAAUGGGCACACCCUUGGCUGGUAAGUUGAAUUAAGGGUGUGGUUUUAAAAUGGUAGUAAGUUUUGAGUUAAAAGUUGAGUUUUAAACGGAGAUUUUAGGUAACAAACCUUGUAUUAGACCCUUUUUUAGGUAAGAAACUUCAUUUUCAGGAGUAGUAUACGAUGUAACUCAAUCCUACGAUGCCACCUUCGUAGCAGCCGGCCUCAUGUUCAUCCUAUCCGGCCUUAUUGGUGUACUAGUCCACAUUUUCCACCGCCGAGCACGAAGCCAACUCAAGAAUGAAGGUGAUUAUCAACUCAAAGAUCCAGAUCAACAAAGCGGAAAGCUAUCAGUACUAACCGAACACUCGGAAGAGAACCUCACCGAGUAUCAGCGCACGAUCCAAAGCUUGAAGGCGCAACAUGAGCUGAUCAAGGAGCUGGAGAACAUCAGGGCUAAGGAGAAGGUCAGCGUGGUGAAUGAGGAGGAGGAUCAUGAAGCGGCGGCUGAUGGAGAAAAGGCAUCGUGA